AUGAAUGCUCCAUUCAAGCACCCCACGCCAAAGGAGGCCUUCAAGAUUGCCCGCCUCCACGCCGAGCUCCUCCGACAGCUCUUCAAUCACCCACAGUACAUCUACACGGAGCCGCCCACAGCAGCUCGCUACCCCACGGAUACCAAGAAGACAGCUCCCGCCCUCCUCAUGGUCUCGGACUUUGUCCAGACCACCUACGUCGAGCACGUGCUGCCCUUUUUGCCCGCCGGCGCCUCGCGCAAGACCAAGGACAUUGCCAACCCCUGGGCCUAUGCCGACGAGUCCUCGGUCUGGGAGUGGACGUGGGACGAGGAAAAGGGCGAGCUCAAGGACAAGGACGGCAAGGUCCAGCCCUUUCCCAAGCUGGGCGCCGCCGGCGUCGAGAAGCGAGGCGACAUCUGGACCCGCUCCUUCAUGGCCGGCAUGUGCAUUUGCGAGAAUGGAACCGACCCAAAGGCCAAGCUCAUGAUAGGAGGCAAGAGCUUUGACUUUGGAGAGGAGGCCCGGAGGUUGAUCAAGGAGUUGCAAGAGAUUUGA